AUGAAGCCAUCACUGUUCUUCUUCACUACCUUGGUGGCAGGGGCCUUUUCUGCCCAUUCUGGCUCCCAUAUUCACCUCCACGUGUCCCACCGAGCACGCACAUCAGAAGCACUAGACGCUAGAGAUGCCCAAGGUCUUGGCGAAUGGCUUGCAGCCAACAAGCGGGCGCCACCCAGCGCGCUCAAGGCAUGCCCUCUAUCCUGUCAUGAAACUGGUAAUAGCAGUUCAGGGGCCGGAUGGUUCUUGUUUCCCGAUGCGUCAAGGCUCGCUGCGUGCAACGAGACCAUGCUGCUCGACUUUGUCGUCCAAAAUGAAGUUGAUGGUGCCAGUAGUCAUGGGCCCAAAAUGGGCAUCAGUACAUGCACAGCCGACUAUAGCUCGGCCACGCAGGCGGCCUACGAGCCACAUGAUGAAAAGGCAGCUCUCUGCCCAAUCCCUAAUCAUGCCCUCGUCGAAGCAUCCAUCAGAAUGUCCCAUUCUACCGCUAGGAAUGAUGAUGGCUUUGCCGUUCAGGAUGUGUUAUCUGCUGGCCACCAGAUUGUGAAUUAUUUCAGAUCACAAAAGCGUUCCUGCGUGGAGAACGCCUUGGCUUUUGGAUACUCUCAAUCCGCCGUCGUGGGAGUGAUUGCCGUUGCUCGCUAUGUCGAGAAAAACUCGGUCUCCGAAACGACUAUCGUCCAGCUGUGUCAAGCCGAUGGCCGCGGCGCAGACUACGGCAUCGGUAUCAUUGUGAGCAGCGCAAAGCAUCUGCCCGUCGUCCAGGACGCCGUCAAGACCUGGGUAAAAGGACGAUGCGUCUCUGCGGCGGAUGGUGAUGAGGACUGGACGACUGUAACCCUGCGCGUCCCUACCCGUGUCAAGUCAAACUCAGAUGCCAUUGGGAAUAUGACGUUACCAACCGCGGCUGCCCACUUGGGGUCAAGAUCCCGGUUUGCUGCCCGGGCAGAGUGCCAGACAACCACGGUCAAUCCUGGCGAUGGCUGCUGGGCUCUGGCCGACCGGUGCAAGAUCACCGACGCCAAGUUGAAAGAGUACAAUCCCCGUCCAAACUUUUGCAACACUCUUGUUGCCGGCGAGAAGGUCUGCUGCUCUUCCGGCACCUUGCCUGACACUGUCCCUCCUAGAAACCCAGACGGCACAUGCAAGACAAGGCAGGUGGUAGGCGGCGACAUCUGCGGCUCCCUGGCGUCCAAAUGCGGUCUAAGUCUGCAAGACUUUUACAAGGUGAACACUGAAGCCAAUCUGUGCCUGAACCUGAAAGCUGGACAGCAUGUAUGCUGCACGCGUGGCAAGCUGCCCGAUUUCAGGCCCAAGCCCAAUCCCGACGGAUCUUACUCCACGUACAUGACCAAGGCAGGCGACGACUGUUACGGCAUUGCCGCAGCUAAUGGCAUAACUGUUACAGAUCUCGAAGAGUUUAACAAGAAUACAUGGGGCUGGAGCGGCUGCAAAAUUCUCCCACUCAACUUCAAGUUGUGUGUGAGCUCAGGAUCACCGCCUAUGCCUGCCCCUGUUCCAAACGCUAUCUGUGGGCCGACUGUUCCCGGCACCAAUGAGCCAGCCAAAGGCGCCGAACUGUCCACACUCAACCCGUGCCCCCUAAAGUGUCCAAGCCAGAGACUGGCGCUCCUGGCACUUCUGCGCCCGGCAAAAAUGGCUGGCAAGUGCUUGACCAUGGAUGUCGGCCAGAUCGACACGGAUAAAUAUACGCAUAUCCACUUCGCUUUCGCCGAUGUGACAAAGGACUUCAACGUCGAUAUAAGCGCGGUUAAGGAGCAGUUUAACCUCUUCAAAGAUAUGUCCGGGGUCAGGAAGAUUAUUUCUUUCGGCGGCUGGGACUUUAGUACUAUGCCUGGCACUUUCAAUAUCCUUCGUGAAGCUGUCAAGCCUGCCAACCGGGAUAUCUUCCAGAAGAAUCUCGUUGCCUUUGUCAAUGAGCACAACCUCGACGGUAUCGACCUCGACUGGGAGUAUCCUGGAGCUCCUGACAUUCCCGACAUCCCCCCGGGUAACCCGGAGGCGGGUAGGGACUAUUACUACUUGCUCUCCAACGUCAAAAAGGCAUUGGGCGGUACCAAAUCUGUCUCCUUUGCAGCCCCGGCUUCCUAUCAUUAUCUGAAAUCUUCCCCUAUGAAGGCAAUGGGCAUCCAUCUCGACUACAUCGUCUACAUGACCUACGAUCUCCACGGCCAGUGGGACUACGGCAACAAGUGGACUUCGUCCGGCUGUCCCAGCGGCAACUGUUUAAGGUCCCAUGUCAACGACACAAAGACCAAAGAUGCCCUCUACGGCCGGUCGUUCAAGAUGGCCGAGGCCGGUUGCACUGGGCCAAUGUGCAAAUUCACCGGUACCUCGCGCAUAUCCAACCCCGCAAAAGGACGCUGCACAGACACGGGCGGCUACAUCUCCAACGUGGAGAUUGCUGAGAUCAUCAGCAGCGGCAAAGUCACCAAGCAGUGGACCGACGUCGGCUCCAACUUCCUGGUCUACAGCGACACCGAGUGGGUGGCAUAUAUGGACGAUGACAUGAAGGCUGCUCGAGCGAAGUUCUAUGAUUUGUACAACUUUGCCGGAACCACCGACUGGGCCGUUGACCUGCAGGCAUUUAGAGAUGGCAGCGGUGGUGAUGACUACCCUGAUGAUUACGAGCCGUACAUCGACACCAGCAUGUACCCAGAGUGUGUAACCAAGUACACUACCUUCAAGGAGCUCAACGACCACAAGGAUUCGAUUCCUGCUCACUGCAUGGAGCAAUACAUUUUCAAUGUCGAGGUCGCCGUCAUGGAAGCAGCCUUGGAAAAGUACAAGGACCUGGUCAACAAUGGCUACGACGAAAAGUAUAAAAUCUACGAAGGCUACGUCGACGAGCGAGUCCAGGACCAAAUCGAGGACCAAAUCGACGCAUUCAUGGGCAGCGGCAAGGCGGACAAGUACUUCAAGUGCACGGAGACCAAGGACGUUAUGUGCUGCUCCAAAUGUAACAUUCCCCAUUGUACGGUGGAUUGCGACAAGUCCAAGGAUUGUAAUGGCAGGGCCACAGUCGAUAUCAAAUGUCCGACAACUCUCAAGAGCGGUUCCAGCACCGUCAUCGCGGUAGGCGAUCAUUUUCCCAACGCCACAUACACGCUGCAAGACUCCGAGGGCUUCUGGAAGGACAUUGGUGCCGAGUACGGCAUCGAGGAGUCGUGGGUCAAGUUUGGCAGGAGGCACAUCAGGGCCGGCAAUGGCUGUCAGUACGCUGGCGAGGACGUAAAUGACUGUAUCGACAAGCAGAUUAGUGGGUUUUACAACUAUCCCAUGAAAGACACGGUCAAGGUCUACAACCCCAAGGACCUUAUUGGCGACUCGUACGACAAGACCGAGGACCUCCUCAACCGUCUCAAGAUCGUCAGGGACAAUGCCGAUUACGACGAGCUCAUGCAGUGGUCCGACCUGGUCGACGCCGGAUCUCUACCCGCGUUGACGAUACGGACUGCCGUCGAGAGUAUGGACAAGAUUGUCAAGUCUGCCAAGAAAAUCAGAAAGAAGGAGCGCGAGGAGUUCAUCGUCAAUUUCCUCACAGGCUUGCUCUUCUUCAUUCCCUUCGUGGGGGAGGCCGCCGGCGCCACUGGUCUGACGGCAGUUCGCUCCAUGCUGCGCCUGGCAGGCGCCGCUGAUGAGACGGGUCGGCUGGUGCAUGACAUUAUCGAGCACCCUGAAAAUGCCUUUAUGAGUGUCUUUAGCUACUUGGCCGGGGCCGGAGCUGGGCGAACCGGGUUUAAGAACGCUGCCAAUGUGAGACGAUCCAUGAAGGCCAGCGACAUUGACAAUCUGGGGUCGAUGAAGGUAGAUUUGGACCUGAUUCAGACUGUGCGUGGCGUCACUUGUCAUAUCUAA